CCCCCCCCCCCCUCUCUCUCUCUCUCUCUCUCUCUCUCUCAAAACCCUAACCUCUUCACCCGAAGGUUCUCUCCAAACUCUUCGACAAAAAAAGAAAAAAAAGAUUUUUAUACAUCCAUGGCCGGCACCGGCACCGGCACCGGCCCCUCUCCGAACACCGCUUCUAAGAAGCCCCAGCCCCUCCCGUGGACCCACGAGGAGACCCUCCACCUCAUCCAGGCCUACCAGGAGAAAUGGUACUCCCUCAAGCGCGGCCAGCUCAAGUCCUCACAGUGGGAGGAGGUCGCCGUCACCGUCGCCGCCCGCUGUGGCUACGACCACACCGAACCCUCCUCCAAGUCUGCACUCCAGUGCCGCCACAAGAUGGAGAAGCUCCGCCAGCGCUUACGCUCGGAGAAACAGCGCCUACCUACUCCCUCGUCCUCCUCCUCCUGGCCCUACUUCCACCACAUGGACUCCCUCGACCGCGGGCCUCUCCCUCCCAUCUCCGCCCUUCCCAUCUCUCUUGUACCACCACCACAUAAUGAGUCUGAUUACGGCGACGACGACGACGACAAUGACGCCAAAGAAGAAGGGGGUUUUGACGAGGAGGAUUACGAUUGUCAUGGCAGGUCUCGGAGUAUCGACUACAUACUCCGUCGACCGACAAUUGUGAAUAGAUUUGCUGCCAUUGGAGGCGAUGGCGAUGCCACCGGGAAAAGGGGGUGUGUUUCCGGAAUUUUUGGGGAGCCGGUAGCGAAGAGGCGUAGGGAGGAGUUGGUGGGCAAUGAUGAUGAUCCGGAGGAGGAGGAGGAGGAGGAGGAGGAGGGGAGAGGGCUGGUAUCGGAGUUGGCGGCCGAGAUAAGGGCGUUUGCGGGGAGGUUUAUUGGGAUGGAGAAUAUGAAGAUGAAGAUGAUGAAGGACUCGGAAAGGUUUAGGAUGGAGAUGGAGAACAAGCGGAUGGAGUUGAUUCUCGAGUCUCAGCAGAGGAUCGUUGAUUCCAUUGAGAGGACCUUUGGCUCGCCGUAGAGCUUCAAAUUCGAAGGCCAUGUGGUUUGAGCCUUCUAUUGGUGCGACGUUACAAAUGGUAUUAGAGCCUAUCCCAACCAGAAAUAUGGGACUUGAGUUGUGCCACUUACAACGAACAGGCCCGACGACGACGUCGGGAAUUUAAGAAGGGGUAGAUUGUAAUACCCCAUAUGAUAAGGAUAAUGGUAGGAGGUGUAUGUGAUCCCAUAUUACUUGAGAAUGAUUAGUUGUGCUCUUUAUAAUGUUCUAAUGGAGCUGCCAUUGUAUCAUUGACUAGUCAUUUUGGAAUAUAGGCCAUGUGGUUUGGGCUUUUCAUUGGGGCGUUACAAAAUCACACACACACAUAUAUUGAACAUUUGCUCUAUCUUUCAUUGAAUAUGCAUUUGCAUUUAGAAGUUCACUGUGUGUUUAUGUUCUUAUCCUAUCUCAUCUAUCACUUUACUCUAUAAACUUUGAAGUUUCUAGCUGAGUUUUAUGUCAAAGCUUGAAGAGGAGGUAUCAAAGAAGGUCCUCAGUAGUUGUGACUUCACUUGCUUUGAAGUUUUGAACCUACUUUCUAUUUUUAUCAGUAAAUAGGAAUUUUAUUAAAUAUAGGCAAAGUGGGACACUUUGAACCUACUUAUUAGCCAAAGUUAUCAUUUGUAUCGUUUGUAUGGACCCGAAUUGUCUUGAAUUCAUGCUAAGCUCAUUUCGAAGA